AUGACUUCCAGGAGACCAAUGACUCGUUCUGCCUCUGGCAACGGGAGGACAAGCAGCUUUAGCGAAGAGGAGGGCGGCUCUUCUAAUGGUCGGACAGAGAGUCGCAACCCUUACCUCUCCAAUGUCAGGCCUGAAAACAGGUAUUCUCACUACAGGCCGAUGAGGAGCACAUUAUGCAGUGUGAUGGCUCAGCUGACGGAGGACAUACAGCCGUCCUUUGAGACCACCUUAAAAGCAAAGGCAGUGUCGGAAAACUGUAAUGUGAAGUUCACCUGUGUGGUUUCAGGUUACCCAGCUCCAGAACUGACAUGGUAUAAAGACGAUAUGGAGAUGGAUCGGUACUGCGGUCUCCCAAAGUAUGAGAUUCGACGCAAUGGAAAAACCCACUCCCUCCAUAUUUACAACUGUACGUUGGACGAUGCAGCAAUCUAUCAGGCCUCAGCCAGUAACAGUAAGGGUAUUGUCUCCUGCUCGGGCGUUUUGGAAGUCGGCACCAUGAACGAGUACAAGAUCCAUCAGAGGUUCUUUGCCAAACUAAAGCAAAAAGCAGAGCUCAAAAAGAAGGAGUUGGAGGAGAGCAAGAAGAAGAAGGGUAAAGACAAUGUCCAGCAAGAGCAACCGCAGGUCAUCUCUGAACGAAGUCAAAGGAAACGACCCAUUCCCCCGCCAAAGGAGACCCCAAUUCUCCAGGAGCGUGGAGCUGUGCAGCAGUCAGGGGCUGUUGCACUAGAACCCAAUGGGGUCAGCACUGAAGUCAGGGAAACAGCCCCUGUGACCCCAAAAGACAGUGGUGUAGAAGAGACAGAGACACCUACCACCCAGUCCCCAACUACAGAGACCUCGCAAACAAAGAAAAUAAAGCUCUCUAAUGGUUUAGAUGCUGGAGUUGGCAGCCACGGCAAUAGCAGAGGCCAGAAAAUGGGAAAUGGGGGUGAAAACUCUUAUGAUGGGGGGCUCAGUUUGGCACAAUUUCUGGCAGACACUCUCCAUUCCCAGGCUGCCGAGGAGAAGCAGAACUCUUUGGAAGUGGAGAAUAGUAAAGAUAUGGAUACAUCUAUUACAGAUGUUAACAAAGAAGAACGAGCUCGAGAGAAAAAAUGCAAAGAGUGGGAUGAAAAAGAGGGAGAAAAAGCACUAGGUGAAGAGCACGAGAGAGAUAGAGAGAAAGAGCAAGAAUUAGCCAUCGAGAGAGAGAAAGAAAGAGAAAAGCUAGCAGAAUUGCCACACAAGAUGAGCCACUCUAAGCACGUUUCAGCCACCAAAAGUCACAGCAAGGCUCAUAAGGAUCAUGACCACCAUAACAUUCAGUCUUCCAUCUCCUCUGUCCUCCACACAGUCAAAGACUUCUUCUUUGGAAAGAGCAAGAAGGACUCUCAUGAACACUGGGAGAAGGAGGAGAGAGAGGUCGAUGUCCCAGGUGACUCAAUACAUUCUAGCCCUCCUGAACAAGAGCCACAACCACUCUUUUGGCUGCAGCCAGAACCUCAACCAGAGGUUGAUAAAACUCCUCUCGCAAAGGAGGCGUUACCCAUGGGGAUUGGGGAGCUGAAGGAGCCAUCUGCCAUGAUGGUAACAGAACAACAGUCAGUUUCGUUAGAGCUUGUGACAGCACAAAAACAUGAGCGUGAAGAUAGUGCUUCCCACACAGAAGAUCUCCCUCCAGCUUGUGAACCACCACCUGAGAAGGUAGCCGACUCCAUCAAACCAGAGGCGUUGAUGACUAAUGACGUCGUGGAGCCUAUGGAGGUGUCUAUGGAAGGAGACAGCACUGCUCCAGGCAAAUCGAUAUCCACGGCCAGGUCUCCAGUCUUCACUGAGGCUACAGAAAAAGAUCCCUGGGCAGUCCCAGUUAUCCAAGUGGUUUCCGCACUCCAGCAAGAGCCAAAUGCCCCAGUGGCUUCAUCGGAGCCCGAUCACUGGGUCACAAGAGAGGAAACCAAGUCUUCAUCCAUGCAAGAUCCACCUGGCUUGCCACUGACUCAAGCCUCCAGUGAGGAGACGUGUCCCCCGACAUCCAUCGACACCGAUUUGGGGAGCAGUUUGGCUACCUCCGGUAGUGUCAAAUCAGAAAUAGACAACCAGGGCCUUGAUAAGGUAACCGCCGACAGUUUGGAAGAGAAGGUGAUAACUGAUGAUGAAACGGGCAAAGAAAGAGCAUUUGACACGCAUAACAAUCAUUCAUCCAAAACUAUGUGGCUGGAACAGAAAGCUGAUUUGAAGUUAGAGUCACAGCCGUUUCCAGUCAAAGACAGCACUGCGGUUAAUGAAUUGAGAACAGAUUCAUUGGAAGAGGAAAGAGAAGCGUGUGAUUCUUCGACACUAAACCAGGUGCCUGUUAUUUUGAUAACGGAUGAGAACGCUAUAGCAGCAUGCAGCACUGAGAGUGACCACUUCAAAGUAGAGACGGAGGAUACUCCACUUAUUCAGGAAGCCAAUGUAGAGUUUCCUGUAACUGUAGCCCCGGAGAGUGAAGAGAGAGCUGACCUAAAAAUACUACCAGAGUCCACCCCUCUCGUGGAACGCAUAGAAGACCAACGUCCGAGUGAGAAAGAACAUUCAAAGUCAGCUUUAGAAAGUAACGCGGAGGGAGAGGCAUUUAAAGUGUUCACUCCUUUUGAGAGAAAACCAGAAGUUAGCUCCCUGGACAACAUAGAAAUAGACGAGCAGGCAUUUUCAAAAGUUGAGGAAAUUAAAGACAGGAGGGAAAGUUUACACAGAGAUGAAGCGCAGACCAUCCUUAUUGAGAGGGAAUUGGAAAUGGGGAAAGACAAAGAGGUUCAGGUGAAAGCAGAUGGGUUGAGCAAACCAAAGAGCCCCUCAAAGGAAUUAAACAAGGCUUGCCCUGACGGUGUGUCUCAGGAAGUCAUUGUGGCGACAAAUGUCGAAGGCAGGGAAAGAGCCAUAGUCGGACUCACACAGAACGCUCCAGAGAUCGAAGUUUUCAAAUCUACCACGAAGGACAUCCAGGACACUAAACCAACUGUGCCAGAAAUAAGGCUGACUGAACAAAUUCUGGGAGAAAAAAUUGAAGAGAUGGAACCUGAGAUUACAAUCUCUACCCUACCACGGGCAUCAAACAAGCCAAAAUCAGAGCCUACCAUUUUGCAAAGAGAUAAUACAAUCAUCAUGUCAGAUGCAAUAUGCCAGGCACAGGCCGUCUCUACAGUGACUGAAGACUUCACACCCACACGGAAAAAUGUGCUGAAUGAUGAUAAACUCCCUUCAAUGGAGAAAAAGCAGGAUGUUGUGCAAUUGGAUGACACAACAAAAAUAUUUAAUCCAGAGCAACCAUUUGAGAAAACCAAUGAACAAGACUCUCAGAUGGACCACACAUCAGUUGAUGUCGUGAAUGUUUCUCAUCCUGAUGAAAACAAGUGUGGGGAGAGUGUCUGUGUGUCUUCAGAGCCCCCUAUCUCAGAUACACCACAAUCAGAUGAGUCACCCAAAGUACCUUUGUUUGUGAUGCCACCCACCCCAGUCAUUUGUGACGACAGCCCUCCUGAAAGCAAUGUAACCACUCAAAAUGAGUGGGCGAAAACAGAAACUUUGACUGCCAUUCUGAGUAGAGCGACGUGUGGUCUUGAAAGUAGUAGUAUUAUUGAGGAUGAUAAGAUGCUUAGGAAGAAGCCAAACCAAGAAGCAAUGUCAAAGAGUAUAAUGGAAAACACACCUUCAAUAUUAGAUAUAGCCCUAAUACCGGCGGAAGUUAACACCAAUGUGGUCUCAAUAGGUGGAACAGAAGAAGUCCCUGUCACUGAAAAUUCAAAGAUGACACCUGGAGAUACUAUUUUGGCUGGGCCAUCUUACAAACCCAUGAAAGAGGCCAGGUUGGAGUCUGAUAUAGCUGUAGAGGACCUGCAAAAAGACAAUCGCUCUGUUGAUAGAUUGGGUUUAAACAUCCAAACACUUCCAACACUGAGUCCAGCCAGUCUCCGCAAGUUUCUGUCCAGAGCUUCUCCGGGUUCAGACACCCAGGCUGCCAUGUCUGUCCCUUCUAUCACUGUGGGUGAUUCCCAAAGCGACAAGACAGCAGAUGAACUGAGCGGAGGCUCAACGCCAACAUCCUCCCUCUCCUGUGAGAGUAGCCCCCGACUGAAACGAAGAGACAGUCUGUCUCUUAUUCGCUCUGCCACACCCGAGGAGCUGGCCUCUGGGGCCCGCCGCAAAAUCUUCCUCCCCAAAACUAAAGGAGAGGAUGGGGAGGGAGUAGGGGUAAUUGCAGGGGCCCCAGAUACUAAAAGCAAGAAGGACAACCCCUACAUGUCACCCAGCCAGGCUCGCAGGGCAGCUUUGCUACAAGCUCCUACAGGACAGCAUACCCCACCGAUGGAGAGACGCUCACCUCUGGUCAGCCGGCGAAAGGCCACCUUGGAGGUGCCCAAAGUGGUGGAAGAGACUCCCACAGAAGAGAAAGCCAACUCCAAGCCAGAGGAGAAACCUGCUGAGAAGGAGAAGCUGGACCCAUUCAAAGCUCCUCAGGUUAUCCGGAAGAUCAGGGGAGAACCAUUUCCAGAUGCCUCUGGACACCUGAAGCUGUGGUGCCAGUUCUUCAAUGUGCUCAGUGACUCCACUAUCAAGUGGUACAGAGAUGAAGAGGAAAUACUAGAGGUGAAACGAAGUGGAGGAGAUGAAAGCCAAGUAGCGCUAGCCAUUGUCCAGGCAUCCAGCCAAGACUGUGGGGUAUACGGGUGCACAAUCAAAAACGAAUACGGGACUGACACCACUGACUUCCUGCUCAGCAUAGACAUUCUAUCGGAGAUCCUGCUAAAGGACGAUUUUGAAGUUGGAGAGGAGAUAGAGAUGACCCCGCUGCUAUUCACCAAAGGCCUCGCAGACUCCAGCUGCUGGGGUGACAAGUUCUUUGGUCGCAUUAUGACCAUGGAGGGGAACUUUGGGGAGGGAUGUGCGCACAAAGUAAGUAGGAUGAAGGUCAUCUAUGGUCUGGAUCCUGUUUUCGAGUCUGGGAGCACCUGCAUCAUCAAAGUUCAAAGCCCCAUUGCAUAUGGGACGAAAGAGGGGAGUAACCUUGUAGAGAGAAACCAAGAGACUACCAAGCAAGAGUGCAAAGUCCAAAACUUGAUUCGGGAAUAUUGUAAAAUCUUUGCCGCUGAAGCAAGAGUUAUCGAUAACUUUGGCCUUUCCCUAGAAGUAAAUCCUCAGUACCUGAUGUACCGACCUGCAAACUCUGUGCCGUAUGCUGCAGCGGAAGCUGAUCUCAAUGGCGUCUUCUUAAACUAUUGUACGAUGGACGCUAAAGGCAGGCUGAUUACACGAACCAUCUCUGAGGUGGAGCAGAAAUGUUGCGCCUUCCAGCACUGGAUUCAUCAGUGGACCCAUGGCAACUUGCUGGUCACGCGGUUAGAGGGCGUUGGACAUAAGCUCACGAACGUUAGGGCCGUGACCAAAUCAAAAGGGUACCAAGGUCUUACAGAUUAUUGCUCUCCUAAAGUAUUCGAACAGUUCCUGGCCCAACAUCAGUGUAACUACUACUGUGGGCUCCUUGGCCUGCGACCCCUGAAGCCUAUGGAUAGUUUGCCGCAGCCAGCAAAAAUGAAGGGCUCCAAGAGUCCCCUGCUCAACCGCAAGACGGGCAUGGGCUCCUCCAGCCCCCAGCUGCAGCGGAGAGGAACAAACAGCCCUCAGAUGACUAGGAAGGCGACUUCUAGUCCGAAGGUGACCAGAAAAUCCAAAGACGCGGACAACAACACAAAGUCCCAAGAGACGGAAGACAACGGGUCAGACGCCAAACCCAAGUCUACGGACACGCUCAGCGUUAUCCAAACGAGGUAG